AUGGAGGUCACCAAGAAGGCGGGGGACCCUGAGCCAUUGAGCCCCUGGGACUACCCCUCAGACAGAAGCCAGCGGCUGGGGAGUAGCCUCAGAGGGUCCCAGGGACUACGGGCAAACUCAGGGUCCACAUACCUGAGGCCGGGGUUGUCACUGCCCACUGAGGCCGUCCCUGAGGGGGCCUACGGCCAGGCCUUCCAGAUCCAUGUCCCUGAGUCCAUCUACCACCUACUCCUGGACCCUGCUGAGGUUGGUGCACAGGCUGGCUACGAGCAGGCCUCCCCCGAUGCCACGAAGGCCUCCUCCACUAGCCUGUUGCCAAGCCCCAUCGUGGGAGCCCAGUUGCAUCUCAUCAUGGAGGAUGGGACCCUGGCCCUACCCUUGAACAUGCACAGUGACAGCACCAGUGACGUGGUCCAGCAUGGACUCGGCUGCCCCUGGUUUCAGGUGCAGGGCUCGAGGGAGGGCAAGGCUCCAGCUAAAGUCCUGGUGGGCUGGGGCAAAGGGCCCUGCAGCGCCGACCAGAGAGCUCCCUUGGGUGUUAGGACGAGCCAGUGGCUCCCCUCUUUCCUUCCAGGGGAGGAUGGCUCAGCUCUAGCCCCGGGUCCCCUUCUGGCUGCAGCCCAAGAUCAGGACCAGGGCGAGUGCCGGUGCCUGGCUCACACCCCUCCGCCUUCACCUCUGGCAAAUGCCCCAGCUCUGGGGACACCCCCAAAGCCAGCAGCAGUCGAGCCUUACACCUUCAACCCCGACCGCCUGACUGGUAGCACCGCCGUCGCCAAGGGCUUGUCCCGAGACCCCCUGCUCAGGAAGCGUGGCAACCAACUGUCAGUCCUCUUGGAGCCUUCCGGCGUGGCCACGUCUUGCCAGGACAGAGUGAAUUUCAGUUCUCAGGGGAAGCAUCCCACCCCGGGACCCACUCAGAAAGAGCCCCCCGGCCAUGCCCACGAGCUCCAGGUUGCCGGAAGGCAGGUGUUACUCCAGCAGCCUGAGAAGCCGCUGGUCUAUACCUCCAGGCCAGACAGCUCAACAUCGGUCUCAGGAAGGCUGGGCAUCCCCAAGUUCUGCUGGAGGAGCAGCCAGCAGACCAGCGGCCCCCAGGCAGCCAGGCAGCCCCUCGCAGUUGGCAACACCACCUGCUUCAGUGUGCCCCUCUAUGCCUGCCAAGCCACCUGCCACGAGCCGUCCCCAGUCCCGCCUCCGGAAGAAGCCGUGCAGAUUGCCCCCUCCACUGCUCCUGCCUGCCAGCUCUGGGACGCCCUGGAAGACCGUGUGCUGGUGUUUGAUGUGGCCACGGGCGACACCAGGAUAGGACAGCUGUGCCAUGACCCCAUGGGCUCACGAGCAGUGCUGGUGGGCCUCACGCCCAGACACUCAGCCGUUUAUGCCCCUGAAAAUACGCCGUCCCCCUGGCCAGCGGCCCUGCCCGUCGCCUCCCCUGACAGCAACCACCCCGGCUUCUGGCCCGUCUCGUCGGUGCUGUCUAGCCCCGUGCCCUCCAGCAUCUCUCCUGGCAGCUACCGAGAGGUGGCCCUGGUCCCCAAGGAGGCCAGGCUCCACCUGCACACCCCUGGGACUGAGACACCCGUCAGGGUGGGGAUGCUCACUGGGCCCGUGCAGUUGGGGACGCCCCUCCAAUUUGGUGCGAGGACGUUGAACCAGGUCCAUGGUCUUGGCUACUCCGAACCUAACGCUGAAAAAACUGAAUCCAGUCACACCAUCUGGAUGCUGGAUGCUGCCGGGACGCAGGACGCAUCCGUGGCCCAGGCCAGGAACCUGCAGCGGGUGGACGCAGGGCCAGCCCCGGAGCCUGCUCCUUCAGCUGCACCGCAGGAGGCACCCCGGUCCCUGCUCCUGGAGGACAGGGGCGCACACGGCUGGAAAGAGGUCCACGCUGCUCACCCCAACAGACCCCAGGCUGAAGGCGCUAGGCAGGACCCGCGCGGUGGUUGGCCCCCACCAGCUGAGCAGCGUCCCCUCUCUGGACAGCCCCCUCCAAUGAGCCCGCCUGCCUCUGCUGAGCAGCCCCCCUCGACCAAGCAUCCCCCUCUUCCUGACCGUCCCCCUCUCACUGGGACCACCCUUCCCAGGCAGCCUCCCUUUCCCCAGGAACUCCCCAUCUCCACAGAGCCCGACCUCUCAGGAGGCCCCCCGACCCGCAGGGAGGCUGGCCAGGCUUCCGUGCUGUACCAGGAGCGGGAGGCCUUGGGUCUGCCCACCCACGAGGGGGUGCUUCGGGUGCCCCCGGCCCCUGAAAAGACCCACAGUGUCUACGUGAGCAGAGAAAAGGCCGGCAUCGGUGCCGCUCCAAGCUCCGGCACACAGCGGCACUCGCCCUGGCCGCCGGGCGGCUCUCUCGGCGCCCCGGAGGGGCAGCUCUCCCUGACCACGCCCACCACACCCGGCCCUGGCUGUAGGGUCUUGCCCAUGGCCACGGGGGGCACUGAACCCCAGGGUCCCCAGCUCAAGCUGGCGGCUGAGGACACUACGGACUCUGCAGCGGUCACAAAACCCGGCCCGCUCCGUGGGGCCUACUCCGAGCCGGCGUCCCCCACAGACUCUCUGCCGGUACGGUCCCCAGCUCCCUGCUGCCACUCCCCGGGUCCUUAUCAGGACCUGGCAGCUGUAGUGAUCGACACAGGAACAGGCUUCACCAAGUAUGGACUGACCGGAGAGGACCAUGUCCUCAGCGUGGUGCCCUCGUGCGUGCAGGCGCUGCAGCCGCCCGACCAGCACCAGCCCGGGUGCACGCUGCCCAAGGACGGAGAGGGCCCCCGCACGGUGCUGAACCGCGGGGUGGUCUCCGACUGGGACGCGCUGGAGGCGCUGUGGCAGCACCUGUUCUUCUGCAGGCUGGGCGUGCAGCCCGAGGAGCUGGCCGUCCUCGUAGCCGACUCGCCCAUCUCGCCGCGCACCAACCGCGAGAAGGUGGCCGAAAUUCUCUUCGAGCAUUUCCACGUGCCCGCCAUGCAGACGGCGCACCAGGCCCUGCUGGCGCUCUAUGCUUGCGGGCGCACCACUGGGCUGGUGCUGGGCAGUGGGCACGGCACCUCCUACGUGGCGCCCAUCCUCACGGGCGAUCUGGCCCCGCUUGACACAUACCGCCUGGAUGUGGCCGGUGUGGACCUCACUGAAUACCUGGAUCAGCUAUUGCGGGCUGGCGGCCACCCGCCACCCGAGAAAGGGCUGGUCAACCAGCUUAAAGAGGCCUGCUGCUACGUGGCGUUGGAUGUGAAAGCCGAGAUGGCCCGCACCCAGGCCCAGGCCCGGAUGGACUUCACGCUUCCGGACAAGCAGGUCUUCACGCUGGGCUCCGAGCGCUUCUGCUGCCCGGAGGCCCUCUUCCAGCCCGAUCUGCUGGGCCUCAACCAGCCGGGCCUCCCACAGCUAGCCCUCCUAAGCAUCAGCCGGCUGGAGGCCAAGCAGCAGGAGCAGCUGCUGGCCAACGUGGUGCUGGAGGGCGGCAGCACCAUGCUGGCUGGCUUUCCUGAGCGCCUGAGAAAGGACCUGGGUCCUCGGGCAACCGUGCUGAGCUCUCCCCACCGCGCAGUUGCCGCCUGGCUCGGGGGCUCCAUCAUGGCAUCCCGGGACUCCUUCCAGAGCCUGUGGCUCAGCCGCCGUGAGUACGAGGAGGAGGGCCCAUGGGCCAUCUACAAGUACCACCUGUGA